CAGUCCGUGCGAACUGUCAGGCUUUAGCAACUGUUAGGCCUUUCGUCUUCUAUACAGUCUGUGCGAGGAGUUUAGGUCACCGGACUAUAGUCUGGCUUCUGCUGCCCGAAUCUCUAUUUUUUAUCAUUUCCCUAUCAACGGAAGAAAAUGUUCAUCAAGGAAUUUCGGGUGGUGAUGCCAGUAACAGUAGAAGAGUACCAAGUCGGUCAACUCUUUGCUGUGGCAGAGGAGUCAAAGAACAACACAGGGGGAGGAGAAGGAAUUGAAGUCCUAAAGAAUGAACCAUUUGAUGGGAAACCUCUUCUGGGUGGUAGGUUCAGCAAAGGGCAGUACACCUACAAAAUUUAUCAUUUAGCAAGCAAAGUGCCAGCUUUCAUCAGAAUGCUUGCCCCUAAAGGAGCAUUAGAAAUUCAUGAAGAAGCUUGGAAUGCAUAUCCAUAUUGUAGGACAGUAAUUUCAAAUCCUGGCUAUAUGAAAGAUAAUUUUUACAUCGUCAUUGAAACGAUGCAUUAUGCCGAUAAAGGCAUAUCAGAGAACAUCCACGAGUUGCCGCCUGAAAAGCUGAAAGCACGCGAAGUAGUAAUGAUCGAUAUCGCCAACGAUCUCAUACAGUCUGGCGAUUACAAACCUCACGAAGAUCCAACUAAAUUUAAAUCCCAGAAAACUGGAAGAGGACCUCUAGUCGGCAAAUGGCAGGACACAGUUGAUCCGGUUAUGACCUGUUAUAAAUUGGUCACGGCUGAAUUUAAAUGGUUCGGCAUUCAGACAAGAGUUGAAAGUUUCAUCAUGAAGGCAGAACGACGUCUGUUCACCAAUUUUCAUCGACAAGUGUUUUGCUGGCUUGACCGAUGGCAUGGAAUGACGAUGCAAGAUAUUAGACGUCUUGAAGACGAAACGAGAGAAGAACUAGAUAGGCAACGUAAUCAGGGAACGGUACGUGGAAUGAAAGCUGAUUCAGACUGAUUCCUUCUGCUCUCUGCCUCCAAAUAGUGCACGUGGCGAGCGACGGCAAGUGUCACGGAAUUAUUACCUCUCGUUUCGUGGAACAUCUUAUACUUCUUCCUCUGUCCUCUAAUUUUCCCUUUUUGUCCAUCUCCAUCUGUUUUACGUUCCAUUACCAAAUCUAUUUAUGUUUGGUUGGAGUUCAAGUCAGCGUUUACAAGAUAGGGGAUCCAUAAACGUCAGGCGUUGUAAUUUUCAUGUGUGGUCGGAGACUAGUAAUUUUUUUGCGCUACGGGGUUUCCGCUUCAGACCCUCAAUGUUCUACCAAGGAACACCCCAAACCUUCCAUGUCGGGCUAUCUUGCUUGCCCACUUGUGCGGCUUGCUUUUGGCUUUAGCCCUCAUCUCUUUUUUUUUUUUUUCAAAAGCUAACAGGCAAGAAAUGCGGAAAUAUUUUUUUCUUCCCAUCUUUCUCCGUCUCGAGGCUCAAGUCCUGAUUGAAGUGCUACAACCCGCGCCCGCCUCGCCUGCCACUAGACGAAAAGUGUAUCGAUCGAAACUCGUUGUCGGUUUCUUUUUUGCUGCUCUUUUUUUUCCUCUCGCCCAAGUCUUGUUAUCUUUUUCUAUUCUACUCCUGAGCCACUUUUUUUUUUGGCCAAUUCGAUUCUUUUCAUAUUUAGCCGGAUUUUUCUUUUUGUGCUAGCUCCAAUUAACCCCAAUUCUCCCCUAUAUACAUUAUGAUGUUUUUUGUUUUCUUUUUUUCUCUUUUCACUUUAGGGGAGUUUAAAUAUUUUAAUUAAAUUCAAAUCUUCAUUUAAUGUGUGUGCGUGUGCGUAUGGUUGGGUGUAUGUGCAUGUAUGGGUUAACUUCCCAAAAGUAAUCGAGACGUGCUGUUCUACCAAUAUUGGCACCUAAAUUUGUUGUUGAAUAGAAGUGUUCAUUCAAAUUAGAAAAUUAAAGGGGCAUGCCUCGCGCCACUCAACUCGAUGUCUUAGAGACGCAUUCCAGAAAACUUAGUUAACGAUUUAAAAAAAAAAAAAAAAAGAAAAAAGAAAGAUCAGUGUCCAAGAUUAUCUUUUUAACCUCUUUCUUUUUCAUACAUUGGCUCUCGUCUUUUCGUUCAAAAUUCCUGCAAUUGUUCAACAUUUUUAAAAUGUUAAAAUAGCUAUCGCAUUCAUGUUUGGCGCAAGCAAGGCGAGUCAAAUAGAUAAAACAUCAUCGGUA